AUGGCUGGAAGCUAUACCGGAUCGACUGGAACAGUCUAUGCUGUCGAGAAGGUUCUCCAGGAUAAAGGCCCUCCUCAUGGGCGAGUCUUUCUGGCACGUGAUGGUCGGAGGCCGGUCGUGCUGAAAGAAAUCGCGCAGGUCUGGGACCUCCGACGCGAUAUGUAUGCCCGCACCAUCGAUUCUCCACACGUGCGAAAGCUGCUGGACACGGUACCGGCGCACAAGAUCUUUGUCUUCGAGUACCUGAACGAGGAUCUGCUGAAGCUUACGUGGAAGAAGCUCCCUUCGCCUGUACUCAGGUCAAUUCUGAAGGCCGGCCUCCGCGGACUCGCGUCUCUACACGAGAAGGACAUCGUGCACACGGACGUCAAAGCGGACAAUUUCCUGGUUCAGAUUGCUCUAGAUGACGAUCCAAGUAAGAUCAGGCUCGAAAAAGUAGAGCUGGGCGAUCUCGAGGACUCGGCUCCAAUUCCGAAUGGCCAAAGCCUUGUCGGCGCACAACUCGGCAAUGACAUGUGGCGAAGUCCUGAAGCGCAUGCAAUGGGACCAAUCAAGACCCCCUCGGAUAUGUUUUCCUUCGGAAUAGUCUGCUUGUUCGCCAUGACUCAGGUCCUGCCGUUUGCAGUCGAUGUAGACAAACUGGAGCCUGGAAUCGAAAAGCCCGUAGUUAUCAUGGAACGACAACUGUCAUACUUUGCGGACGAGGAUACGCUGGAAGGCUUGCUGAAGUACCUUGGGGAGAGCAAUCAGUUCGUACAGCUUUUCAGAGUCCUCAAAAGUGGCUUUGGAGACCAUCAACCCAGACGACCGUUUGCACUCUGGCAGGGCCUGGAUGUUGAGAACGAGGACGCUUUCAGGGAUUUGGUCGUCAAGUUGACCAAUUUUGACCCUACCAAGCGACUCACGGCAUCACAAGCUCUGCAACACGAGUGGCUCAGAGACGUGCGGGACAUAUCGCCUACCUAA